AUAAUGACAAUUUACGACCCAGUUCUGAUAUUUGAGAUUCAAUUCCACUCACGUUUGUUUCUACUCUCUCCAGAAAGUUGUUUCUAAGAAACUAAAAGAAAAAAGGAAAACCAUCAAUAUGUCUGUCGAUGAAAUUACCUCUCCCCGAAGCGGGAUCCCUCCUAUCCUCAAAUGCCCAUUCGAGAUUAGGUUGAUGAUUUACCGACACUUGAUCCCUUCAAUUGAUCCUUCGGCCGACUUUAACUGGACUUCGGCUUGGGAUCCGAAUCGCCCAAAAUCUCGUUGCGAAGAACAUAAACUCUACUCACCGCCUAUACUUCACACAAAUCAAAUGAUCUAUCGAGAAGUCUUGAACGAACUCUAUUGUUUCCUACCUUAUCGGACAUCGAUCAGCAACUAUGGUAUCCGAUUCUUGGGCUACACAUUCAUCAAACCACCGCCAGCUUUCCAGUAUGUCCACACUCUGGACCUCACGAUUCAAAUCAACAGCUAUUCUCAUGCAAAGAUUGCGAAUAUCUUAAAAUCCUGCGUGGAGACAACCUGUGCAAAUGGACAAUUACGUCGGCUCCAAAUUGGUCUCUCGUUUAGCUUGCAAUUUUUUCAAACAAAUAGGGGGAGUCCGAAGGAACUAUGCAAAAUGUUGGAGAAGAACCUCUACCCGUUAAGGAGGAACCUUCGUCGCCUAAAUCAAUUCGUCAUCAGAAGAUUGACCGAGAAAGAUAUUUCGAGUUCCAAUCGAAAUAUUUCGAGUUCGUUUGUGGUAGAACGAGAGGAAUUCUUGGAUACUGUUCAAGGGUUCAUGAACCAGUUGGCGAGAGAAGUCAUGGGUCGCUGCAAUUCCUAGCUGAAGCAAUCAACUACGAGUACGGUUCGUGUGUUCCGCUUCGGUCAUGGAAUGCACCCUGUCGACUAUUUCGAAAGAUAUUCCUUCCCUAUUUCGCAUGGGCAUGGCAAAUAUCUACUGGUGCAUACAACUAUGGAUGAGAAAUCUGAGACGUCCAAAAUUAGAUCGCGUUCUUACAUCUUAACACGAACCUUAUUCUCAGUCGAAUCCUAGAAUAUGUAUUAGGAUGAAUGGCGUCAGACAUUACACCAAAAAUGUACAUGGCCUCAUUCUUCGAUACGUACACUUCCCAUCACCAAAGGUUAUCUAUCCCAAUCCUUCUUUGAGAUAGGCAUUCUCCUGGUGACCAGGGACCGUCUCAUCCUAUUCUCAGAGAUAUCGAACACGGAAAAUAGGUCAUGGGUAUCUGGUCUAUCAAGACACCACCUUGAAGACCAAGAAGAGAUGAAAUGUUUCGAAAAAGUCCGAGAGCGAACAAAGGGUUUCGAGUCUCGAUGAAAAUGAUGAUGAAUGCGGGGGUUCAUGUAUUAGUUCAAGCAAUGUUUGAGCACAAAAUUUCUUCAGAGAGAACUCAGAUAAAAUUGAAUAGAUAGAAAGAUGUGAUGUAUUUUAGGAUAUCUACAUGUUAGCCCUAUCAUAGAUUAUAGUGGAAGUUUUGCAUCACAAAUUGAACUUUCAACCAAACACCGUG